UCUUUGAUUGAUAUAUAUAUUCAUAGCAAACCCUGAAACUGGGAUCUAUCGUGUCUCGUGGCAUUUAAGGAAGAAAGAAGAAGAAGAAGGAGAAGAAGAAGAGGAAGAAGAGAAGAAGAAUUAAUUGCAGAAAUUUAAAUAUGGUUUUCAUCAUAAAGUUACCGAUGAUGAUGAGACUUGUGCUAGCGUUGUGUGUUGUGAGCUCUGUGAUGUUCACAUAUUCUUCUGCUCAGACUUGCUCUUCUUAUUCCUUCUCUGCCAACAGAAACUUCUCCACUUGCCGUGACCUUCCUCACCAGGGCGCCUUCCUUCACUGGUCCUAUGAUCAAUCCUCAGGGAAGCUAGAGAUUGCAUACAGGCAUGGCGGAAUCAGUUCAACAGCGAACCGGUGGGUGGCCUGGGGAAUCAACCCUAACAACAACGACGUCACCGCCAUGCCCGGAACUCAAGCUCUGGUGGCGCUCUCUGAAUCCGGCGACACCGGUGUCCCGACGGUGUAUACAUCGCCGAUAAGGUCCUCCGGCGACGUAUCAGAAACUCAGCUGGUCCAGGGAGACAUAAGCUACAACGUGACGGGUUUGAGCGCGGCGCGUGUGAACGAUGAGGUUAUCAUCUUCGCUACGGUGAUGCUUCCCAGCGGAACGGAGUCAGUGGUCCAUGUGUGGCAGGAAGGCCCUCUCGCUGGGUCGACGCCUCAACGACAUGAACUCAGCACUGAGCAUACUGAUUCGAAGGAGACGUUGGAUCUGGUGUCUGGUGUGACUCAAGCUGCUGCAAGUGGCGAUGCUCUCAGAAGAAAAAGAAAUGUGCAUGGAGUGUUGAAUGCAGUGAGCUGGGGGACGAUGCUGCCACUAGGAGCCAUAAUAGCAAGAUACUUGAAAGUGUUCAAAUCAGCAGACCCUGCUUGGUUUUACCUUCACGUCAUUUGCCAAACCUCUGCCUACAUCGUUGGUGUUGGUGGCUGGGCCUAUGGUCUGAAACUCGGCCAUGACUCUGUUGCUGUUCAGUAUGAUACCCACAGAGCUCUUGGCAUCACCAUCUUCUGCCUUGCAACUCUUCAGGUGUUUGCUCUGUUUUUGAGGCCAAACAAGGAUCAUAAAUAUAGAAUCUUCUGGAACUUCUACCACUACUUGGUGGGAUACGCCACAAUAAUCAUCAGCAUUGUCAACAUCUUCCAAGGCUUCGAUGCACUUGAGAACUCUUAUGGAGAUCGUUAUGAGAACUGGAAAGACGCAUACAUUGGGGUUAUUGCCGCUCUUGGUGGAAUUGCCCUGUUGUUGGAAGUCUACACUUGGGUCAUUGUGUUGAAGAGGAAAAAAUCAGAGGGCAUUCCAAAUGGGGUUAAUAAUAAUGGAGUGAAUGGGGUUAAUGAUGGGUUUGAAUCUAAGCCGUAGGUUUGGUAGGAUAAGUUAUCUAUUUGUAUGAUAUCUGGCCGUCUGAUCUGUGUACUUAGAUGAGGAUAUGCAUGUUAGUGGGUCUCACUCCACAGCUGAUAUCUGCUAUUGUGUUUAUCUCUUUCUAGUUAUGCAGAUUGUAUGGUUAUAGAAACUAUCCUGAUUAGUAGGAUCAGUCACAUGGUUUUUUUUUUCUCUCUCUCUAGAUUUUGACUAUUUUGUAUUGUUUGUGGUUUCUUUCAUUUUGGGAUCCUUUUGUAUAUUGAUUUUACAUGAACUAUUCUUGAAGGUAUGUAGGGCCUUCCCAGCUGUAUACCCAUA